UGUGACCAGUGUGUGUCUGCUGCGACAGGCUCGUUCUUCACAGGGCAGAGCUCGAAGAACAACGAGGAGAUGUCUCUGAUCCGCAAGGCCGACCUGGAGAACCACAACAAAGAUGGCGGCUUCUGGACCGUCGUGGACGGGAAAGUCUAUGACAUCAAAGACUUCCAGGCCCAGUCGCUCACUGGGAACAGCAUUCUGGCCCAGUUUACAGGAGAAGACCCUGUUGUUGCGUUGGAAGCAGCCCUGCAGUUUGAGAACACCAGGGUGUCUAUGCAGGCUUUCUGUGUUGGACAGUACAUAGAGCCCAACCAGGAGACAGUGACCACCCCAGACCUGAGCAGCCUGUGCUCCCCCCUCAUCGACACAGAGAGGAACCUGGGACUCCUGCUGGGCCUCCACGCCUCUUACCUGGCCAACAGCACCCCCCUGUCACCCAUGGAGAUAGAAUGUGCCAAAUGGCUCCAGUCGUCCAUCUUCCAAGGUGGUCUGCAGACCAGUCAGAUCCACUACAACUACAACGAGGAGAAGGAUGAGGACCACUGCUGGUUGCCGGAACACCAGAUAAGAUGUACUCCCAGUGGCUCACCCUCAGCGACCACGCCCAGCCCUUCUUACAGGCUAUCGCUGACAACACCACUCAGGACCACACUGUGAAGGACUUCCUGUGCCAAAUGGAACGGUGCUGUAAACAGUACCACCUCAUCACGCCCAUCACCUUCCCCCUGGAGCACCCUGUGGAGGAAGUAGGCCGUCUUCUUCUCUGCUGCCUGCUCAAACACCAGGACCUCGGUCACAUCGCCCUUUCC